GACAACCGUCGGUAACUGCUCCCUAUCGUCCUCAACGCACGUCUAUCCCUCCUUUUUUCAUGCACCUAGCUAUCUUUUUUACUUGCUUUUCCUCGCCUAUAUAAUAGCUGUACUUUAGCUUUCUAUAUACUCAUUCCACACUUCGAAGUCAUUAAACCAAUUGAGCGUGAAAAAGUGAGUUAAUAGUUUCUUCAGUUCAGGACAAUAUGCAGGGAAGGAUGUUUGAUCACAUUCAGAAUCUCGAGAAGUCACGCACUAACUGGAAAAUCAAAGCAAGGCUCACACGCUUUUGGCCAACAUUUGCUCCAGAAACAUCAACCAUCAAGGGAUACAAUUUGAUUCUCCUCGACGAUGAUAAUUCUCAUGUGCAUGCAUAUGUUUACCCCGAUAACUGGCGAGCUAUUGGCAAAGAGGUCGCUGAAGGGAAGGUUUAUGUUGUUGAGAACUUUCAGGUCAGAGAUACUAUUGGGAAAUUAAAACCUGUCUCAACAAAGCUUUGCCUUCGACUUCUUAAUAGUACUACCAUUAAGGAAGUGGAGGACGAUGUUAUGAUCCCAAAGCAUAAGUUUGAAUUUAUGGACAUGGGAGACUUGCUUGAGGAGUGUGACCGUUUGUCGGAGAAUCAGAAUCCGGAAUUUGCUUAUGAUGUCAUUGGUGCUGUGGAGGAGUUCGACAAGGUAAAGCGAGUUCCGACAAGAUAUGGGGAGAGAGACCAAACCCGGUUCAUAUUUACGAUGGCCGGUUAG